AGUAGUAGCACUUUUUAUUCUAAUCUACACUGGAAACAUGGCUCAUUUGGAGACGUUGAAUUCGUUUUUCUGUGAUCGUUUAAUGGCUGCUGCGGCAGAAAUAUAUCAAGUAGUUAAGGACACUAUUUCUCAGUAUCAGGAGGAGAUAGACCGCUCCAAACAGGAGAAUAUUUAUCUGAGGAAAAUGCUAGCGGAAGUUAGCAUCAACACUGGACCAGCUCCUGCAGGUGCACAGACCAGCCGGACAGUUCCUCCAGCAGAGCAAAACAGCAAUCAAGAGGUGGUGGACUCGGAAAGCUCGCUGAUACAAGUGAAGCUGGAGCUUAGCACCAUGCAGGAGGACGUCGAAGCGCAGCAGCCGGCAAGGGAUGCGCCUACGUGCUGUGUCGCCACAGACCCUGCUGAGGACGUCACUGUCAAACUUGAGCGCGGCGACACCCAGGUGGUUUGCAGCGACGACCUUACCUCCGGUCAGGCUAACCCUGAAAGUCAGUUGGACCCAAAUGCCCAGUCCUUCUCUCAGAAUGACUUCACCAACCUACCGUUUCACCUGCAAAGUCCGGCUGCGGAAAGACUCUUCCGUUCCAAGGUACGUCGCAAACCUCUCAGGAGUGAGGGGAAUCCGAAGGGGCGCAAGCUCACACGCUGCAAAGAGAAAAAACUGCGCUGCGAUCUCUGCGGGAAGUGGUACAGCACCCCUCACUCUCUGAAAAUCCACCUGAGGACGCACACGGGUGAGAGGCCGUUUCCCUGCAAGUUCUGCGUGAAGACUUUCCACCAGAAAGCGCACUUAAAGGAACACGAGAGGACACACACUGGGGAAAAACCCUACAGCUGUUCAGUGUGUGGGAAACGUUUCAGUCGGGCGCAGCAGGUCAGAGUGCACAUACACUACCAUCAUCAACACCAAGCGGCCACCAUUGUUAAAAAUCAACAGUGUGCGUGAUUCGUAUUCAAAGAUGUGAACAAUCAUAAGUUUUUUACUUAUUUUUUUUUUGACUUGUGAAAAUAUUUAUAUAUUGCCUUGACAUGCUGAAUGACUGUGUGUGUGUGUGUGUGUGUGUGUGUGUAAGAUAAACGUUAUCUUUCUGCUACCAGAAUGUGAAUUUUACCAGAUUUUCCCUCUUGACAUGAUAAAACAAAGAGAGUAGACCUUACUUGUUUUUUUUUAAGUUGAUACAGUUGAGUGCAGAAGUUUUUAUACCCUUUUUUUAUAGUGACACGACUUUCAAAAAAAAAAUCACCUUGAACAAUUUAUAUAUUCUAUUAUUGUUACUAUUGCAAU